UACUGACCUAUAUUUAGUGUUGGCCAAUGUUAGUCAAGCAGCUGUAAAUUUGUCAUCCAACGUUCGUAACCACCAGUUCCCGAACCAAUCCAUUUCAAAAAAGAAAACAUGUUUCCAUCAAGUACUCAACUAAAGCAUUGGACUUUUAGUAGUGAAGCUGAGCUAGCUAAGUAUCGAGAGGAGUCUAAUGCCAAGUUCAUUGCUAGACAUGGUGGUAAUAUCCCGCCAGAAGAGAUCUCUGAGAUUUUUCUAACACCAUCAGAAGAAAGGAUCUUAGUACAUUCGCAUGAGUCACAUCUACGAGAAUUUUGUAAACGAUUUACACCCACAAUGCCUCGUGCAGUAAUAGGAACAGCUCUGCAUUAUUUUAAGAGGUUUUAUGUUUACAAUUCUGUUAUGGACUAUCAUCCCAAAGAAAUACUUGUAACAUGUGUCUACCUAGCAUCAAAAGUGGAAGAAUUUAAUGUGUCAAUUUCCCAGUUUGUUGCUAAUGUCAAAGGAGACAGAGAAAAAGCAACUGACAUCAUAUUGAACAACGAAUUAUUGUUGAUGCAGAGAUUGCAGUAUCAUCUUACUGUGCACAAUCCUUAUCGUCCUGUUGAAGGCCUUCUUAUUGAUAUUAAAACUCGCUGCCUUUUAAAUGAUCCAGAGCGUUUGAGACCAGCCAUUGAUGAGUUUCUGGAACGUAGCUACCAAACUGAUGUGUGCCUUUUUCCCCCAUCUCAAAUUGCCUUAGCAGCUGUUCUCCAGUCUGCCAGUUCUAACAGAGAAAAUCUUGACUCGUAUGUUACUGGAACUCUCUUGGGAACAUCUAGUACUGAAAGGCUCCCUGGGUUAAUCGAUGCAGUACGAAAUAUCCGUAUGAUUGUGAAGGCAGCUGAGGUUGUGAACAGAGAUUUAGCAAUGACCAUCUCCAAAAAGCUGGAUAAAUGUAGAAACCAAGAAAACAACCCAGAUAGUGCCAUUUACAAAAAGCGAAUGCAAGAAUUUCUUGAGGAUGAAGAUGAAAGGGAUGCACGGAGGUAUGAAAAGAUUGCCAGACAACAAAAGACUAGUGAAGAACAACUUGUUGGUAUAUCAAGGGUUUUAUCCCCAAGUGCCUCAUAAUAGUUCCUUAAUUACUCCUAUACCUAUUGAUCCGAAAGGUAACUCCUUUUUUACAACUGUGCCUUUAGUCCAACAAAGGAACUGUCUGUCCUGUACAAAUAUUCUCAUGUUCACUUGUGUGAUAAUUUUCCUUUUAAAGUGAAAGGCCAAAGAUUCAAAUGCGACUUGUAAUAAGCACCUAUCCCUGUUAACAUAUUUUUCUAUUUGUACUUAAUAGGUAAUGUUGAUAUUGAUAGACCAAACCAACAGUUUCUGUUUCUGUGAUGAAACCUUUUCAGACAGUCAUAAAAUUUAACUCAUGAAUCAUUCUCCAUCUCUGUUUGUUUUCGAUUUGUCUGUUGUCACUCUAAGGCUAAUCUCUUAGAAUGAGUAAAAUGUUACGUUCCUUUUUUUUUCUUUUUUUCUUGUUAUUGUAGUGGAAAGAGCCAUUUUGUACAUAACUUUGAUCGGAAAACGGUCAAUCUGAGUAGUUACUCAAGUCCAUUUUACCUGUUUUUCAAUUGUUAUUUUCUGUUCUUUCUUCUCUUAUAAAACUAAGGAGAAAUGAGAAAAGAUCAUAGUGUCUGAAAUAAAGCCAAUCUAUUUACAA